AUGCCGAAUAUGAGAUGCGCACUGUACCGCCUCCUGACCAGAUUCGUGUUGGUGUCAAACGCAGGUUGUCCGUCACCAAUACAGUGCGCCGAGACAAUGUUUUUAACCGGUCAGCAAGAUGCCUGUCCGAACGUUUCACGAAUCUGUCACGAUGGUUACUCAAUCUGUCAGCGACUUGCCAAGCCAUCGGUACCUUAUUCAGAGCCUUUGGUUUAUCGCAAAGAAAAUAUCGAAUGGCAUUCGAUGGAUAACGACGAGAGCACCUCUUUAAAGCCAACGCCUGAUGCUGGCGAUUCUGGCUUUAAUGACGACAACAAGAAAACACCUACUGAAGCAGAUGCGAAGUGUAUCUUCGAGGAAAAUGAAGGUUCUCAUCAAGAGGUUGCAGCGCAGGGUGCAUGCGAUGAGUUUCAAGGUGAGGAAACUUUGCGCCUUAACGAUCGACCUGUAGCUGACGUCGAAGACGGCACUGACCUUGUUUUGCUCGACAAGGUGAUGCGGACAUCGGGGUUUGAAAAUCAUGAGCUUUGCCGCCGCAAGCUUCAGAAAAAAAAUUUUUGUCCAUCUGAUUCCAUGUCGGUUUUGUAUCGUCCGCCUCUGAUUGACUUAUGCGACAGCAGUCCUGAAUUCAAUGUCGAUCCUGACAAUCAGUCGGAACAGUCGUCAGAACUUGGAAACACUGUGCUUGGCAACCACAAACCUCCUGAGAAAGUGGAAAGUUUGCUUGACUGCAAGUCAGUUUCACAGUCUCUCGAAUCAAUGCUGAAAGACUUUGUAGACGCUCCGCCGGAUAAACCUUAA